UGGGGCCCCCGGGCAAUAGGGGAUCAUAAGGCCCCUGUGUCCUUGCCCAAACUCAAAAAAGCCUAUGAAAAAGGUACCAGGGGCAUCUCAUGGGGCCCCCUACAGACCCCGGCCAGUGCCCGAGUUUCUGAAUGGUCAGUCCGCCCCUGGUUCAGCCCCUGCUGGAGGGUGUGCACAUCCAGGGGCGGGCUGACAACUCAUGGGGCCCCCGGGCAAUAGGGGAUCAUGGGGCCCGUGUCCUCUCCCACACUCAAAUCACACCCAAAAAAGCCUAUGAAAAGGUACCAGGAACAUCUCAUGGGGCCCCCUACUGACCCCGGGCCCUCGGGCAGUGUCCGAGUUCCCCAAUGGUCAGUCUGCCCCUGGC